AAAGCCCACAGUGACCAGAUGAUAGCGAGGUGGAAGGCGGAGAUCGACAUGCUUCUCGUUUUUGCCGGUCUCUUCUCCGCCGUCUUAACUGCGUUCAACGCGCAGUCGUAUGUGCUACUGCAACCAGAUACUGCCGGGGCGUCGCUCCUGGUCCUCACCCAGAUUUCCACUCAGCUGUCAAGCUUCACUGCGACCCCGACCGCGAUCAACUCCACUCGCCCGGCAUUCGUCCUACCCCCUGACUCGUCGUUCAAGCCCCCUCCUUCCGCCGUGUGGAUCAACGCCCUAUGGUUCUCCUCCCUCAUUUGCACGCUUUCGGCCUCAUCUCUUGCCAUUAUGGUUAAGCAAUGGCUG